UUUUUGUGUUUGUUUUGAAACAUAAUUUCAGAAUUAAAAACAUUUUUGGGUAAAAGAAGAUCUAUUUCUAUUUGCUUUAUGAUGGAAAUCGAUACAAUAUUUAAAAUUAUAAAGAAAUUAGGCCAUUCAAGUAGUAAACGGGAAGAAUUGCGAGAAUGCUGUAAGUCGAAUUGUGAACAGGUAUUGAAGUUUUUGCCAAGACGAAUAUUGAACAGCGAUGGGGCGAAUGUACUCAACUGUGUAUUGGAUGGUUUUGCAAAAAACAAUAAAGUUAAGGUUAUUGAUAUAGUGUUAAAAACAAUAAGAAAGGAGGCAACCUCUAUAGCACAUUCUGGAGAUGUGGUCAGCAGGUUGUGCCUGGAACUUCCAAGGUUGCCUGUUGAGCAUUUGUUGCGCUGGUGCAAUGACAGUGUGCAGUCAAUAGUUGAAGACAGUGAUGUUAACAUGAUCUGGAGGGAUAUAGUACCAGAAUGUUUGAAUGUGAUAUCAUCACAGGAGAAGGUGAUACACUGUGGCACGGAGAUGACGGGUGCAGAGUAUAAAUUACAGUGCGUACAUACCCUCUGCCAGUGUCGGUGGCAGGAAAGACAUUUGGUACAGUUGGCAGCCAUGUUUAAGGAUAUGCAGUUACCGCGCAUUGAUCACAGACAGGUUGUGAAUAAGAUCUGCUCAUAUAUUAUUGACGUACAUCCUGAUACUCUGCCUCCUCUGGUUCAUCAACUUCUCAAGUUAUGUAAGCCAUACAAUUUGGAAGUGGUCCUGUCCCACGUGAGUCACUACUUCAACAUGCGCAUCUACAACAAGCUGGAGCCCCCGCCACAGGACUCCGAGUCUACCACCAUGGAUAUUGACGAUAUUGUGCCAUACAGCCCCGCGGAAUUGAGUCGGUGUCUCUCCACCUGCCUCUACCACAUGAGCUCGGGGGCGGAGCCCGAGGUGCUGCGGCGGCACCUCAAGGCGUGGCCUCGUACGCAGCUGCUACGUGCACCCAUGCUGGUUAACCUCGCCCUGGCUGUUGCAGACAAGGGAGCCGAUUUUAGGACCGUUUGCUUGGAUACGAUAAAGGCGGCGAUAGAACAGCGCGAGAUGGACGACAUACGGUGCAAGGAGGCGGCGUGGGUGCGCUCGCUCCUGCCGCCCGACGUCGACGUCGCCAACCUACUUAAAGUGCUCACCAAUGAGAGCGCCAACCACCGUCAGCUCACCUCGGCGGGUCUAAUCAGCCUGGCAUUCUCUCUGCUCUCCGUCGGUCGCACGAAGCCCGUCGCGCGAGCGUGCUGGUCGCACGGAGAGCUGAUACUGGCCCGGCUGAGUCGCGCGCAGCCGGAGACCGCGCCGCACGUGAUCGCGCAGCUCGCGGACCGCCUGGCGGACACGCCGCAGCCGCAACACGUGGACUGUCUCUAUGUGCUGUGCAAGUUGACGCCCGUAGCAGUAGAGAGGUGUCCGCAACUUAGCGGCGUCUUAGAGAGCUGCGGCGACGGCGCCGUGUACCGCGCCGUGCGCCCGCUCGUGCCGUUCAGCGCGCGCGUGCGAGACACCGUGCUCAUGGUGUGCAGGAAGGCGCUGUACUCCAGGGACUCUGCUCAUCGUCAGUUGGCAGUAUGGGGCUUCCUCACGGUGCUGCGGCACGUGAAGCUGUCCGCCGGCCUCAGUCAGUCGGAGCCGGACUCGCACGCCGGCGCGUCGUACUUCACGCAGGUGGCGGUCGACCUGCACGCCGAGCGGAGCGGUGCUGCGGUGUCGUCCCGCGUACGCAACGAGACCAUGUGCCUCGAAGUGGUAUCGAUACUGCGACGCUGUCUCAUACAGGACGCGGCUGUUAAGAAUCUGCUUUAUACUGAACUCUACGACUGUACAAAAGAGAAGGUGUCCCUACACGAGGCGGUACUAGAGUUGCUGUAUGAACAUCUCAUCAAGUACUUACCUGACGCAGACGACGGGCCGCCGAUACUGUGGGAGAAAUGUGUGCAGACCACUGCCACUAAUGCUGUAUUGAUUGAACCAAUAGGAAAACUCUUAUAUGCUGUAGCACAGUUCCUGCAACCGAUUCAAGGCGAGGAAUCCGACGACAUGUUCUCGAGUCAGAACGAAAAUGGCAGUUAUUUACGAAACAAACUCAUGAACAUCAUGGACAAGCUGUGCAAAAGCAGCCUAUUUUCUAUUGGAGAGAUGGAGGACCUAGGUCUAACCGACUUAACUCCGGAGUCCAAAGCCAAGAGCCUGAAGGUGCAGCAGGUGUUACAGUGUUACGAGGCGCUCAUAGCACAUCAGGUGAUGCAGUGGACGGCUGAGAACACUAACGGUGGUACCCUGUGCAGGCUGUUCAGAGAGUGUAGACAGCUGCUUGAUAAUACUAAGAUCACUUCAAAAGGUAACAAAAAGGGCAAGCUAAAUGACACAAAGGAAUCGGUUAAAUCACAGAAGAGUCAAAAGUCGCAAAAAGAAAAAGAAAAAAGUCAAAAGGAAAAAGGGAAGGCAACAAAAUUGUCGAACUUAGUUAAAGACAGGGCUGGACCCUUCAAGCCAUUGCCGUGUUUGUGGGACCUGCAACUUUGUCUGAGAUUUCUACAUUUAUUGUACAGCGAGGAAGUGACAUGGUCAUCAACAGAGCAGCGCAACAUGGUACGCACGCAAACCACCCUACACGUAUGGGCGGUGCGCGGCGUCGCCUCGUGCGUGCAACCCGUCGACCGCUCGCACGCAUUGGACGUACUGUACGUCGCGGCACUGCUACAUAAGUCGUGUUUAUGCCGGUUUCAAGACAUCUGCAACUUUGACGACAACACAGCGUUGGCGAUUCUGGAGCUAUUCAAGACCUGUCUGGAUGCGCUGUUUUCGCAGAGUUACAAGCUCAAAGCAGAGAAGAUAUUCACUUAUAUCACUGGCCUCCAAGACUCCCCAGUAUCUAUGAGCGUGGCGGAGAUCCUAGAGAAGAUCCACACAGCGCUAGUUCAGUUGGACGCCGACGUAGGCGACGAGAGAGACAGCGUAGCCAAGAAGUUGAUAGCAACACUGAUCGCUGUCGCUACUGUGUUGCUAGAUACACCCGUGUUGGCAUGCAGCAAGCUUAAUGCGAUAAUCAUCAAACUAGAGGACUACACACGGCGCAGUAAGCAGGACUGUGUACCGCUGAUACCUCCGCUGCUGACCGCGGCCUUCCGGGAACACAGGGAGGUGCAGUUCCUGGACGAACUGAUGCUGAAGCUGACUGCUACGUUGGGCUUGAUUGACGAGGACGAGUCAUCAGCGGAGGAAGACAACCGCGAGUUCCCGUGCGUAGAUGAACGCUCGGGGCAGACGGCUCUGACGUACGUGUGCACGCACCUGCGUAUACGUGCACGCGCUAUAGAACACGUGCUUGCCCGCGCGCGCGACCUGCACGCCGCCUCCAACAACGCUGGACAACAUCAGCUGCAGAGAAUAGACAAAGAGCUGCGCGAGGGCUACGACGACAUAGUGAUCCAGCUAUGUCAGCUGUGCCGAGUGACGGGGGGUGCGGCGCGGCUGCGGGGGGCGGGGGACGCGGCGCCAGCGGCGGUGACCAGACUGUACGCGCUGCUGGCGACGCUCGCACGACAGCUGCCGCCGCACAUGGCCGUGCCGCUGCGUCUAGAGCGUCUUCUCAAGCUAUGCGGCAAAAAGCUAUCAUCGAUAUGCGACUCGUUGAUCACGUACUGCGAGGCGAGCGGCGGCCGCGCCACUAAGACUAUCCCGCGCCUCGUGCUAGAGGCCGAACACUUCAGCAAGAAUAUCAUAUUGUUGGAAAAGAAGGCUAAGACGAACUACCAGCAAUACAUGUCGUUGGGCACGGCUCGCGACUUCCGCAUCAAGGGGCCGGUCUUGCAGGAGGUACUCGGAGCUAUUGAACAGCAGCAGGAGGCAGAGAGAGAGAUCGAAGACCCAGACAUAACGGACGCGGAGACAGAAGUGCUAUCGGCCGCCAGCGAUCGGGAGGACGGUAGUGAUGAUGAUACGACUAGCAAAAGAAGAAGACUGUCGUAGUCACUAUGUAGAUUGCAAGGAAUGAGUCAAGAUUCAGAACGUGCGUGGUUCAGACUUCAGGGCAUAAUAGGUCUUAUUGCAUGGGCGUAGUGACCAGUGAGGUAACUGCAAUUAUAGCUGUUGUUAAUAAGUUAUAAGACGACGA